AUGGAGAACAUUGAAAAUGCUUUACCUGGAAUACGAUCAAAACUGGACCAGUUUCAGUUGAAGGAUAUUUACAAUAUGGAUGAAACUGAAUUAUUUUAUCGAUUGAAAGCUGAUCAUUCACUUGCUACUAAGCAGCUCGAAGGACGCAAAAAAAAUAAGGAGAUAAUUACUGUUGUUGUUUGUUGCAAUGGUGAUGAAUCUGAUAAAGUACCACAUUGGGUUAUUGGUAAGUAUGCAAAUCCUAAAUACUUUAAAUAUGUGAACAUGAACAAUCUUAAUUGCAAGUAUCAAUCCAACAAGAAAGCUUGGAUGACUGGCUUGCUUUUUCAAGAUUUUUUUGGUUGUUUUGAUAAGAGAAUGAAUGGCAGGAAGGUUCUCUUAAUAGUAGACAAUUGCUCAGCUCAUCCAAAGCAUUGCAAGAUUCGGUCAGAAGAAAACAAUGUUCCCGAACCAGAAGUUGAUGAAUUAGAUAAAGGUAUCCAAAGAUUAAAUGAUGUCAUCUCUAAUUUACACUAUAAAAAUGUGAUGGAUGUUGAACAUCUUUUGAACUAUCCUAGCGAGAAUGAUGCAGUUAUUGAAUCACCUACAUACGAAGAAAUUAUUCAAUCGGUAAUGAACAGUAAUGAUGAUGAGAAUGAUCCUGAACCAGACGAUAGUAGCGUUGUCCCAAAUGUGUCGUCAAAAGAGGCAUUUCAAUUAGUUCCUCCAGGGAAAAAAAAAAGGCCUUUAUGUCAAGAUCAAGUCGAACAGAUUUUAAUAGAGAGUUUGGCAAAAAUGAUAAGGUUAGUGACAUGGUUUAAAAGUAGGGGGACUUGUAAAGCAACAUCGCUGGAUAUUGCUAACACAACACCUGUCUAA